AACAGUGAGCUGGAAACAGGUCUUGAUGUUUUCUCGUUAGCUCUCUCUUUGUGUUCUCUCUCACUGGCUACUCCCGGAGGAACCUGAGAAUAGAAUUCCCUAAAGUAUGCUGCUCUUUGUUAGAAGGCUGCCUUUUCUCUUCUCUCUGCUGGCAGAGUAGCGGAAAAGGACCGGGGACUGCACGGCUAUGAAUACUUACUGCAGGACUCUUUUGUUGUAGUGCACUGUUGAAUUGAGCCUGAGGGUUCUGUCUUGAUGCACUCUUAUUAAAUGGGGAAUCUUGGCAAACAAGGACUACCUGCAGUGUUGAAGGAUUUCAUAAUGUAUGUCUGAGGAAGAAGGUGGGCGGUACUCCCACCAUCCCCAAAACCAUGGAACCCCUUGUUAAGUUUGUUUGCAAACUUAGUGAGCAACUGGGCAGUUAAGGCAACACAUCUGAUUCAUAAGACAGACUGCAUUCUCUUUUUAUUUGUCUAGUGUAUAAAGGAGCACUCAUUUGAUGUAUUUUCUGCUUGGAUAUGUACAGCAACAGCAUUUGGGAAAAAUGGAACACAGUUGCCUGUGUUAACUUAUACCGGUAAAGUGUUUUCUGCUGAGCUAUUAUAUAAGAACACAGGACCAAGAAAAGGGGAAAGAAAGAUAAGCUGACCGUAAAUGCUUCACAUUUGUAAGUGUUGGCAUACCAGAACUUCCAAAAACAGAACAGCAGAGAAUCAGGGUCAUACAGUUUGAAGUAUGUAGGAUUUAAAAGUCCAGAUAUUCUAAGGGAAGUACUGUUCUUUUUCAAGAAGUUUUCUGCAAAACUCAACUCUCACAAGCUGUUCUGAAAAGGAAGACAAGAAGGCUCUGGGGAAGCAUUAUCAGUGAAAUUUUUUUUUUUUUUGGUUAAAACCCAUAUGGCUUACAGUUAUGAAAAAGCUACUUUGCUGUGGACUAUAAUUGCCCUUGCGAAAGUAGAAGCUUGGAGCCCCAAGUGUGGAUUGGUGUUUUGGCCUUUAGGGUGGUACAGAAAUGUACUAAAGCAGGUCACAUGACUGUUUGGAUCCAAAAACCACUGCCCUUGUGUUGUUGAGGGGAGGAGGCAAGAUAUAUCUUAGUCUGUGCACUUACCCCCUCCUCUUCAUCUAACUGGUGCUGAUUUCUAAUUUGAGAGGAAUAAAAAUGAAUGAGGGGGGCUGCAGUGCUGUGCAUUAAGAAACUUCCAACAAAGGCUAUCCUAAUACCGGCUUUUCAUUGUGAGGCCAGAUUUAUUAUGGACAAUUAACCCCUGGGAAGCUAUUGUAACCCUUUCGCUGUCAUUACAGCAGAACCUUCCACAAGUGGCGGCAGCAAUGAAUCUCUGACUUAAAGAAACAGUGCAUGGCAUUAUUUUUUGUGGUCUGCAAAUGUGAUACAGUGCUAUUUUUUUUUUCCAAGGAAUAACUGAGGGACCUUACUGAUUGAUAUGGGAGCAGGAUUUUCAUGUAAAAACAGGCUAUGCCAUUCCUAGUUGAACUAUGAAGGGAAUAUAUGAGAUGUUAAUGGGAAUGGGUUUACUCCAUGUGGAUAUGAACUUAGCCACGCAUGGUUAUGGAUACAGGUGAUAGAAAGUAUGGGCCCUCCUGUGACAGUUUUAUUCCCGUACUUUAGGUGCAGACUUCAAGACUGGAAAAACGGUCAUGGAUUUAAUAUCUAAGAGAAUUUACAUUCGGGCUUGAAUCGUAUUUGGAGGGGUAUUACCCCACUACCUACCUUGUUCUGUCACUGUGGUCAUCUGGGUUUUAGCAACAGUGCAUAGACUUUUGUUUGUGGCAUGACUAGCUGUCAGUACCCCAUUCCCCCUUUGGAAAGGGACAGGAUGUACCAGCAUAAGGUGUCUCUGGUCGUCCGAUACUUUAUGAUACCUUGUAACAUCUGCCUUAUUCUGCUUGCAACGUCGACACUGGGUUUUGCUGUGCUUCUCUUCCUCAACAACUAUAAACCAAGCAGCAAUUUCACUCCUACACAGGAUGCCUGCAGAGGGAUGCUUUGUGGCUUUGGCGCUACCUGCGAAAAAGACAGCAGUAAUCCUACCAAAGGAGUAUGUGUGUGUAAGAAGAGCACGUGUUCAUCUGUUGUUGCCCCAGUCUGUGGUUCGGAUUAUUCCACAUAUGGUAAUGAAUGUGAACUGGAGAAGGCUCAGUGUGUCCAGCAGAGACGGAUUAAAGUCAUCAGCAAAGGGUCAUGUGGUGCAACGGAUCCAUGCUUAAAUGUGAAAUGCAGCUUUGGCAGCACAUGUGUUCCAGUAUCUGAGGGUCAGUCCGCCAGAUGUGUCUGUCCCACAACCUGUGAUCAUGAACCUAAGAAGAUCAUUUGUGGCAGUGAUGGCAAAGACUACAAGAACGAAUGCUCUUUGAACAAAUAUGCCUGUGAAAACCAGACAAAUGUUUACAAGAUAUUUGAUGGAAGCUGUGACCCCUGCAGAGAAGUUCAAAAUGACUUGGACAGAGUAUGUCGUGUGAACCCCAGAACUCGUCGGGCUGCUUUAAUCGACAGACCAGAGAGCUGCCUCCCUAAGAAGGAACCUGUCUGUGGAGAUGAUGGACUUACUUAUGAAAAUAUGUGCAAAAUGACACAAACUGGGGCUGUCUUGGGAGUUAUUAUCCUGAACAUCCACUCUGGGCCUUGCCAGCCUCAAGAUACAUGCAAAGAAAUAUGCAAGUUUAAUGCAGUAUGUCAUAAUCGUCAAGGAGAGGUUAGGUGCUCUUGUGACCGCAUUGAAUGUGAAGGUGUCUAUAAACCUCUCUGUGGCUGGGACAGCAAGACAUACCGCAAUGACUGUGAGAGGCUCAAGGCAGAAUGCAAGCAGGAAGCACAAAUCCCAAUUAAGCAUGAAGGACCUUGUGACAUCGAUCUUCCAAGCCCGUGUUUGAAUGUGACCUGUGAGUUUGGUGCCAUGUGUGUAGUGAAGAAUAACCAGCCAAUCUGUGAGUGCCAGCACACCUGUUUGAGCAGGUAUGACCCAGUCUGUGGCAGUGAUAACCAUACCUAUGGAAACCAGUGUGAGCUUGAAGCGAUGGCAUGUGUGCUAAGGAAGGAACUCAAAAUAAAGCACAAGGGAACUUGCGAUCGCUGUGGAAAGUGUCAAUAUGGUGCCUUUUGUGAAGCAGAAACAGGAAGAUGUGUAUGUCCAGAUGGGUGUCUACCUGCUUCUCAGCCUGUUUGUGGUACGGAUGGCAAUACAUAUGCCAAUGAGUGUGAGCUUCAUGUCCAAGCAUGUAGAUUGCAGAAGGAUAUCCAGGUGGCCUCACAAGGCGAAUGCAAAACCUGUGGCAAUACAAUCUGUUCCUUUAGAGCAACAUGCAGUAACAACAAGUGUGAAUGCCCUUCGUGCGAGACACAGGCAUCUUUACCGGUGUGUGGCAGUGAUGGUGUGACCUACAAUAACCCAUGUGAGCUACAUGCUGUCGCUUGCCAACAGAAAAAGUCCAUUCAUGUUGCCUCUUCUGGACCCUGCGAAGAUGAAUGUGGCUCUGGUGGAUCUGGCUCCGGAGAGGAUGGAGAUUGUGGACAGGAACGUUGUAGGAAGUAUGGUGGCUUCUGGGAUGAAGAUUCUGAAGAUGACCGCUGCAUGUGUGACUUCUCCUGCAGCAAAGUUCCUCGAAACCCUGUUUGUGGUUCUGAUGGCAACACAUACAACAAUGAGUGUGAAUUGAAGAAAGCCCGCUGUGAGAAACAACAAGACAUCAUAGCUGUUAGCCAGAAAGCUUGCCAAGCAGUUACACCAAGCCCAACAUUGCUUGCCCCAACAAAACACUGCAGUCAGACUGUUUAUGGUUGUUGUCUUGACAAUGUAACUGCUGCACUUGGAGUGGGCCUUGCAGGAUGCCCAAGUGUUUGUCAGUGUAAUGAGCAUGGCUCGUACGGAGGUACAUGUGACCCUAGUACAGGGCAGUGUUCAUGUAAACCUGGUGUAGGUGGCUUGAAGUGUGCUCGCUGUGAACCUGGCUUUUGGGAUUUCAGAAGAAUUGCUACAGAUGGCAAGAGUGGAUGCACACCAUGUAAUUGUGUCUCAGUGGGGUCAAUUCGUGAUGACUGUGAUCAGAUGACAGGUCAGUGCUCAUGCAGACCUGGUGUGACUGGCAUGAAAUGCAACCAGUGUCCUGAUGACAGCAAACUUGGAAUGGACGGCUGCGACAAAGGGUCUUCUGCUCCAAAAUCGUGUGCUGAAAUCUCUUGCAAGUUUGGUGCAUCAUGUGUGGAAAUCAACGGACAAGGGCACUGCGAGUGUCCACCAUUUCUUUGCAGUGAAACUAACAAGACAAAGGUAUGCGGAUCAGAUGGUGUUACCUAUGCUGAUCAGUGCCAGCUCAACACUAUUGCUUGUCGUCAGGGACGGUCUAUCACUAUCAAACACCCUGGACAGUGUCAAGAUCCUAUCCCACAUGCAGGCCUGACAACAUCCCCCUUGGCUUCUACCACAACUGUCUCCACUACCACUUCCAGUCACAAGACAACCAGACUGUUCAAACCUGCACCACUUUCUCCUUUCCCUUCCACCACAACGCCAUACCAGAUGAUCACGCCAGAAGGAAUGGAAACCACAACUAGCAUCCUUGAACCAGAUGAAGUCUUGCCAAGUGCUGUAAAUGUCAUACCAUCGGGCCGUGGGAGGAGACCCCACCAUCCUAUUAUCCAUCCCACCCUAACAACCCCUGAGACAGACAUCACAACCCAGCUGUCAUCUGCUGAGUCUGGCAGUGGAGAAUUUAGUGGGGAUACAGAACUUAGUGGGGACCGAGAAGCUAGUGGACUGGAUCCAAUUGAUACUGAGGAAAUAGCGAUUACCACUGGCAUCCCCAAUAUUGAUAGGGCGACCUGCUACAAUACCCAGCUGGGCUGCUGUCCUGAUGGAAAAACUCCUGCUGUUGAUGCUGAAGGAACCAACUGCCCACCAACCAAAAUGUUUACAGGCUUUCUAGUUUUGGAGGAAGUCGAAGGCCAGGAAUUGUUCUACACCCCAGAAAUGGCUGAUCCUAAAUCAGAACUCUUUGGAGAAACUGCCAGAAGUAUAGAGAGUGCACUUGAUGAUCUGUUCCGCAACUCUGAGGUUAAAAAAGAUUUCAAAAGUGUCCGCAUCCGUGACCUUCAGCCGAGCAACUCUGUGCGAGCCACUGUGGGGGCUCAUUUUGACCCAACAACCAGCUACACUGCUCACGAUGUUGGAAGAGCUCUUCUAAGACAAGUAAAAGCAGCAAAGAAAAAAACUAUAUUAGUGAAGAAACCAGAAGAGGACAACAUCAGAUUUUUAGACUUUGACCAGUUGCCUGUCUUUACAACAACAACAAUUACAACAGCAGCAACUACAAUUCCAUUUACAACACAAAAUCCUGUGGCUACCACAAAAAGACCUUCUACCACAGCAUACAGUGUAACACGCCAUGCAGGCACCACUAGGCGACCAACAACGGUCACACUUGCCACCACCAGGAGACCAGUUAAGACCACAACCAUGACACAAGCCACCACAACACGGAGACCUACCCGACGUCCACCAGCUGGAACUGUUGCUAAACCUUCAAAGCCAUGUGACUCUCACCCUUGUCUCCAUGGAGGUACCUGUGAAGAUAAUGGAAAGGAUUUCACUUGCGUUUGUCCUGCUGGAAAAGGAGGAUCAGUUUGUGAGAAAUCCGUAAAAUACUACAUCCCUGGAUUCGGUGGAAAGUCUUACCUCGCAUUCCAGAUGAUGAAGGCAUAUCACACUGUACGGAUUGCAAUGGAAUUCCGCUCCUCGGAGCUUGAUGGAUUGCUGCUAUACAACGGACAAACCAAUGGAAAAGACUUCAUUUCUGUUUCACUUGUUAAUGGCUUUGUGGAACUGAGGUUCAAUACUGGAUCUGGUACUAGCAUCAUCAGCAGUCAGGUGCUCAUAGAGCGAGGCAAAUGGCAUCAUGUGAUUGUUAACCGCAACCGCCGCAGUGGCACACUUAUUGUGGAUGGUGAACCUCCUGUGACUGGACAAAGCCCUGCUGGUACAGAUGGCUUAAAUCUGGAUACCGAUCUUUUCAUUGGAGGAGCACCUGAGGAUCUGAUGGCAACUGUAACUGCAAGAACUGGUGUGACUGUAGGUCUAAAAGGAUGCAUCCGUUUGUUGGAUGUAAAUAAUCAGAUGUUCGACCUGCAGGAGAACGAAAGUGAUGUACUAUAUGGCAGUGCAGUGGGUGAGUGUGGCAACAAUCCCUGCCAACCCAAUCCUUGUAGGAAUGGAGGAAUCUGCCACUUCAAAGAGGCUGAAAUGUUCAGCUGCAAAUGUGUCAAUGGAUUUAGUGGACCAACAUGUGCCGAUGAGCAUAACCCAUGUGACCCCAGUCCAUGUCAUUCUUCAGCCACCUGCCUGGUGCUACCAGAAGGAGGGUAUAAAUGUGAAUGCCCCAUGGGUAGAGAAGGGAAGUUCUGUGAACGAGAAGCUAUGAUGGACCAUAGUGCGCCAUUCAUUCCAGAAUUCAAUGGAUUUUCCUAUCUGCAGUUCAGUGGACUUCAUACAUUCUUACCUGACAUACAAGAAAAACUUUCUAUGGAAGUAGUAUUCCUGGCAAAGCAUCCCAGUGGUGUCAUCUUUUAUAAUGGACAGAGAACGGAUGGAAAAGGAGAUUUUGUAUCAUUGGCCUUACACAAUGGACACCUGGAGUACAGAUAUGAUUUGGGAAAAGGAGUAGCUGUUAUUAAGAGCAAAGAAGCCGUUCUUCUGGACAAAUGGCAUUCUGUUACUCUAGGAAGAAAUGGUCGAAAGGGGACAAUGACAAUUGAUGAUGGGGUACCAGUCACUGGCGAAUCUCCUAAAUCCCGUAAGGCUCCUCAUACAGCUUUAAAUCUGAAGGAACCCUUGUUUGUUGGAGGAGCUCCUGACCUGAGCAGGUUUGCUCGAGCUGCAGCCAUAUCUACAGGAUUCUUUGGAGCAAUUCAGAAGAUAACUGCUAAAGGUAUCACUGUUCUGAAAGAAGAAAGCAUCAAGAAAGCAGCAGAAAUUUCCAAUUAUUUGUUCCAUCCUUGUACAGAAAAGCCGUACCCAUGUGCCAAUGGUGGAGUCUGUCGCCCAGAACUGGAUAGCUUCACAUGUACAUGUCAGAAUGGUUUCUCUGGAGGGCACUGUGAAAAAGCAAUCUUGGAAAAGUCUGCUGGGGAUGCUGAAGCCAUUGCAUUUGAUGGGAAAACAUUCAUUGAAUAUCGUAAUGCAAUAACAAAGAGCUAUCUGACAAAUGAAAUCCCAGACCCUGAGUUUCUGAGCCUGGACUACUCUCUGGAUAGCAGUCAAAAGGCCCUUCAGGUGAACCACUUUGAACUAAGUAUCAAGACAGAAGCAACGCAGGGCUUGAUUCUUUGGAGUGGGAAAAGUGCAGUGAAGUCUGACUACAUUGCUUUGGCAAUAGUGGAUGGGUAUGUGCAGAUGACGUACGACCUUGGAUCUAAGCCAGUGAUUCUCCGUUCUACAGUGCCAGUCAACACAAACCAGUGGAUUCAGAUUAAAGCGCACAGGAUCCACAGAGAUGGCUCUCUCCAGGUUGGAAAUGAAGCUCCAGUCACUGGGUCAUCCCCGCUACGGGCUACACAGCUUGAUACAGAUGGAGCACUAUGGCUUGGUGGCCUUGAAAAACUCUCUGUUUCCCAUAAACUCCCCAAGGCUUACAGCACAGGUUUUAUCGGCUGCAUAAAGGAUGUAAUUGUGGAUCGACAAGAGUUGCAUCUUGUGGAAGACGCCUUAAACAACCCCAGAAUACUGCAUUGCUCAGGCAAAUAAUAACUGAGCUCUCUUGUCUAUUGCUGUAAUUAUUUUCUAUUUUUGUAUACUUUUAUUGCUUUUUAUAUUGGAGAAAAAAAAAUGUGUUGUUUUAUGUUGCGGUAUAUCAAGCUGGUUGGUUGUGAUCUUGCCAAACAAAGUUUAGGCUUCGGAAAUUACAUUGUAUAUGAAAAAUUCAGUCAUACUUGAAACACGUGAAACUGGUGCUGGUGUUUUCUGUUGCCUUCUCGCGUUCAGUGCCGUAUUAUUUUGUAUCUAGCAAUUAGCGUAUCACAUUCUCCACUAAAUGGGAAAAACAAAACAACUGAACAAAACUAAAUAGAUGGAGUCUGAUGAUCUCCAUGACCAAGGUGUUACAUCUGCAGUCUCUGCAUUAUUUCCCUGUACAUUUAAAACUGUAUAAUUUAUGUGUAAAAGUACCAGUCACUAUUGUUUGCGUUUUACUCACUGUAUAAUAUUUCAGGAUAUUGAGAUAGGCCAAAGUUAAAUGUUAAGAAUGAUAUGUCUUUGAGAGCAAUUUCUGUUUAAACUGUAAAAGUACUGAAGGCAGCAAUGUUUAAAAGGUGAUAUUUUUAAUGCCAGUUUAGUGUUUUUUUAAGAUGUGUUAUCAGUGUGGAGGGUGAAGUUCAAGAGCAACCAUGUGCUAUUUACUGUCACUACAUUAGUUGAGAGUCGGUCACUUAAGUGUACAGCUGUUUACUUUGAUGGACAAAGUUAAUAGUUGUGUUUACUGUUACCUUUUUCCCACUCCUUCGCAGGACUUGCCAUGACAACUUAGAAACUAGACUUUUUACCCUCAAUGGCCAAUUUCACUGUUAGCAUUCAGCACUGAUUUGGACAAUGAAUGAGACAAAGAAGGGCCUUUGGAAAGAAAAUAUAAUAAAAUUCCUUUUAAACACUAAGAAAAACUUUGUGUGUACAUUGAUAGAAGAAAGGUGAACUCAUAAAUGUUGGUCCAAGCAAAAUAUAUACAUUUAAUAUUGCACAUAUUGUCCUGGACCUUCCUGCAGUCAUAUUAAUGACAAAGCACUUUGCUGAUUCUGAAAAAAAAAAAAUCCCACGAUAAGCUUCAUAAAUAUUCUUUUUAUUUAAAUGUAUAAUUCCCAAACCAGUGGUAACCCUGAAAAAGAGAAGAUAACAAAUCCAUAUUACAGGCCUCUUUCUUUCCUUUCAUUACUGUUAUAAAUUCUCUGUCUAUAACUUAACAUUUUGUGGCAUUACUUUCUCUUGUGUAGUUUGUUAUAUAUAAGCCAUGUACCCAUUCUGCAUUUUGUUAUUUUUUUUGUCAUGAGUAGCAGUACAAUCAAGAUUAGGUCAAUAAUUGUCAGAGAUUCAAGAAAUGGUAACAUUGGAAAGGGCCUUCAAAGGGUCAGAAUUACAGGCAUGGAAUAUGUCACAAUUCCCACUGGCAUUUUCCAUCUGGGGGUCUUUGAAGUCACAGGACAUGCUUACAUCAAAAAAUGGACAUCUCUUUUCAUUACUUCCACUAAUUUUGUUUGGAGAAGAUGCACCGUGCAUUUAUUGUCGUGUGGUAUUUCUUCAGUCUUCUGUGUUGGAAGAACAUUCCGGUCAGUCUUACAGAUUGUCUUAUAAAGAAGAACUUGGGACAUGAAACAGAGUCUGAUAGCAUGGCCAGGUGUGCUUUGUAAGGACGUAUACAUUGAUGUUUGUUUUGGCCUUUAAAGCCCUGAGCUUAAAAGCCGAAAAAGACUGCAUUCCUACAAGCUCUAAGUAAGCAAAUACUGUAGUAAGUAUACAAAUCUUGUAUGACAUUUGUUUCUGAAUAGACUGAAACUGUGUAUAUUUUAUAUUAGUGCAGGGAUUAUGAUUCAUUCCUACUGUUCAUCUGUGUCUUGUAUGUCCAGUUAUACAUAAAAUCUGCAGCUUGCUGCCUAAUACUGCAUGUUGUGUCAUUUCCUAUGGCAUUAAUCUGUGCUGAGAGACAAAAUGACGAAUCUGUUCUAAUGAAAUGGUAUUUUUCAUUACUUUUUAUUCAUAGUUGACAAAUGGUUCAGAUCAGUCUAUUUCUGUUUGACUUCUGAAUUCAAAUCUAAUGCCCAUGUCCCCAGAUUUCAGUUACAAUUUCAGUUUGAGAAGUUCAAUUUUUGGUAAAAGUAGAGUGGAUUUUGUGUCAUUUAACUUUGUUAAAUUUAAUUUGUGGUCUCAGCUGUAGCAAAAGUAGGGUAUCUGUGAGUCUAGAUGUUGGGCCUUGGGCUGUAUUUAAGUAUUACCAGUGGGCAUUCUGGCACAUGGCAAAACAGUAACUGCUCAUUCACUUUUUCCCUUGCUGGAUUCUGCAAUCAGAUAUGUAUUUGCUUAAUAACAUAUCUUUAAUAAAAUAACAUGCAAGAAAUUAAUUUGUUUUAUGCCACAAUUGCAACAUUUUCCACUCUGAAGUGUAACUGAAAAUUCCCUUUUUGCAUAUAAAAAAGUGACACCAGAAUUUGGAAUUAAAGAUCCUAAUGAAAUUUGUUUGAGGAAAUGUCUGUUUUAAGUUUUGCUUUAGUAUUUAAACACCACGUAUAAAUGUAUUUGGCAUAACUUUAAGUACUUGCUGGAAAUGGACAAAGUCAGUUUCGUUGAGCAAUACUUUUGCUAGUUAAACUGCAAAUUAAUGACUUUGAGGCUCAAAAUGCCUUAAAAUUGUGAAUUCACCAUCUGGUGAGCUCUGCUUUCGCACACACUUGUGUUGUGCACUUAACCUUUAGCAGUGUGUGUUCCCUUGUCUGUAUGAAUUGUUUGUUUUUAAGAUCAUGUUCCCCCAUUACAUUUUUAUUGUUAUUUAAGUGUUACCACAUGUUUAUUUGAGGGUAACCAACCAUUUUGUUAUGAACUGCUGUGUGAAUUCCAAAACCAAGAGGAAGAGCAUCAGACUGGCAUGCUGUAACCAUUACUAACUUUAUUACUUGUGUCUUUCAUCAAAUCACCACAAAAUAAAGUUUAAAAUCCUGGGGAAA